GCUUUUUCCGCAAUUUAGUUGUUAGUAGCCACGUUUAAAGUAAGCUGUCCAGCUUGUUGUUCCUCUUUGGGAAAAGUUCGUUUAUCUUGGUGUUGGGCUUGUUUUUUUUAGCGCUGUCAUGUAGUGUUCUGUGGCAAACAAGGCGGGCGCGUCUUUCUUUUUAUUACAAAGCUCUCGUUCGUCUCCCAUGUUGGAGAAAACAAUGCAGCUGAGCUAGCUAACGUUUAAAUGCAGCUGUUCUCUGGAAAAUACUCAACUUCUCUUUGGAGAAAGUCACCAUCUCUUUUCAAACUGAAGCCUCAAGAGGGCUGGGAAUUUUCUGGACUUCCCAUUAUAAGAUGGAUUAAUCGUCGCAGCGUCUCAUCGGCUGCUACUCUCUUCUCGUUACCUGACUGUCGGGGCCCCUGAGGGCCUGGAGGCAGCAGGUGAGAUGCAGGGCAACAGGCAGUCCAUCUGGCACCUCCUGUCACCAUUUCGCACCCGGCAGGAGCGAGUGGUUCUGACUCGGAGCGAGAGUCUGCCGGGGGAGCAGGUGCUAAAGAUCACGGUCACAGAGACCACGGUGAUCGAGGCAGAGUCCGGAGUGUGGAACUGGCGCUCCCUGUCCUAUCUGGGUCUCUGGUACUUCUUCAGCUUCUGCACCCUGUUCCUCAACAAGUACAUCCUGUCGCUGCUGGAGGGGGAGCCCAGUAUGCUUGGUGCAGUCCAGAUGCUCUCCACCACCAUCAUAGGCUGCCUGAAGAUGUUCGUUCCUUGCUGCCUUUACCAUCACAAGUCCAGAUCUGAAUACCCCCCCAACUUCAUCAUGAUCAUGCUGUUUGUUGGACUCAUGAGGUUCACCACUGUGGUUCUGGGCUUAGUGAGCCUGAAGAAUGUCGCCGUGUCGUUUGCUGAGACGGUGAAGAGCUCAGCGCCUAUUUUUACUGUGAUCAUGUCCAGGCUGAUCCUUGGAGAGUACACAGGUCUGUGGGUGAACCUUUCCCUCUUUCCCGUCAUGGCCGGCCUGGCUCUGUGCACGGCUUCAGAGAUCAGCUUCAACAUGCUCGGCUUCUCCGCCGCGCUCUCCACCAACAUCAUGGACUGCCUGCAGAACGUUUUCUCCAAGAAGCUGCUGAGCGGAGACACGUACAGAUUUAGCCCUCCAGAGCUGCAGUUCUACACCAGCGCGGCAGCAGUCAUUAUGCUCAUACCUGCCUGGGUGUUCCUCCUGGACAUUCCGGCGGCUGGGAAGAGCGGACAGAGCUUCAUGUUCAGUCAGGAUAUUGUCAUGUUGCUCCUGUUUGACGGCUGCCUUUUCCACCUGCAGAGCGUGACUGCCUACGCUCUCAUGGGUCGGAUUUCCCCCGUUACCUUCAGUGUGGCCAGUACCGUUAAACACGCCCUGUCGGUUUGGCUGAGCGUCAUCGUGUUCAGUAACCAGAUCACAAUCCUCAGCGCCAUGGGCACUUUUGUCGUGUUCAUCGGCGUUUUUUUGUACAACAAGGCCAGACAGAUCCAGAGGAGGACCUUACAAGCGAUGGCUGCCGAGCAGAACCACAAACUGCUAAUGCAGGACCAGGACUUCCAGCCCUCCCAGUCCCACUGAGGACUCGUGAAACCAGCAGUCCUGUGGAUCAUGAACAGUAUUCCUUUACCCCUGACCGGAUUACCACUAUAAUCGUGCUUUUAAGCGUUUGUUGUGUCUCGUAUGUGUCAGUGACAGGAGAAGCUCAGGGGACGUGCAUUUUCAUUCCAGAUUGCUUGAUCUUUUAUCUGUGGUGCAGCAGCUGCUAAAUGUUUCUGUAAAUCGAUGAAGACUUUUGUGAAGGUGAAAUCUUCCAUUUGUCGUCCAUUGUAACGUGCUUUUUUUUGUUUCUUUUUUAAAGAGGAGUGAUGCCUGAAAAUAAACGUUUGUUUGACGUCUUCAACCAGAGAAUGGACACAUUUUGUUAAUGUGUAAAAUAUCUGAGAGACACUUCCUGCAUUCUAGGAAUGCUCCCUUUCUCUCGUGUGUGUUUAGCUGGUUUGUUUCUCCUGUAAAUUUACAAACUUUAACACGUUUACUGUAUGUGAACUCAGGUCUGCUUCUGAUUGUUCUCUUCAUACCUCGACCAGCAUGGAUCAACACGUAUUCAUCAUUCUUGUUGCCAAAUAAUUUUUUUAAAAACAUUUUUGCAUUAAUUCUCCAGAUUUUGUGCCUGAAAUGGAAGUCUUUUCUAUUCUUUAGGGUUUUGCUCUCAAUAGCAAUUGGAGCAUUUAAAGAAAAAGCAGACCGACUCAAACAUUUUAGGGCAUUAAACCUGUUCAUUCCAUAUGUUUGUGUAUUUCUUGUGCUUUUAGGAGAAAAAAAGUUAUGGUUUCAUUUCUCUAUAAUAAACUGUCUUCUCAAAUUCAAA